AUCAGAUGGUUAAGUGUGACCCCAGACAUGGAAAGUAUAUGGCGGUGUGUCUACUAUACCGGGGCGAUGUGGUGCCCAAGGAUGUCAACGCAGCCAUUGCCGCCAUUAAGACCAAAAGGAGUAUACAAUUCGUCGACUGGUGUCCCACGGGUUUUAAAGUAGGCAUCAACUACCAGCCCCCUACUGUGGUACCGGGCGGUGAUUUGGCAAAAGUACAGCGAGCGGUGUGUAUGCUGUCCAACACGACGGCCAUAGCCGAGGCCUGGGCCCGACUCGACCAUAAGUUCGACCUCAUGUACGCCAAGCGUGCUUUCGUGCACUGGUAUGUUGGGGAGGGUAUGGAAGAGGGAGAGUUCUCGGAGGCC